UUAGCUAUUUUUGGGAUUACAUAAUUUGGACCUCAGACUUAUUUAGGCAAUAAUCCAUGGUAAUACUGUGGUUAACGAGUUGAGCGUUGGGACCUCAAACAUGGGGUAUCAUCAUCUCCAACACCAAUCCCCACUUGUUGAACAUUCUUCCCAACAUUCCUUACCAUUACCAGCUAAAGAAACAGACACAAAAUCCCACCUAACCCUUUUCUUCUUCUUUCUAUACAUUAACAAGUAGUUGUUCCAUCAAGGAUUGAGGUAAAGUUGAUGAUUUUUGUUGUGGUUAAAUAACUUGGUACACGACACAAACUUUGGAUUGGAAAGUAUGGGGGGUGGAGAAGGAUCUAGUGCCCCAAGGGAGCUUGAUCAGACACCAACCUGGGCUGUGGCCUCUGUUUGUGCUGUCAUCAUUGUCAUUUCUAUUCUCUUGGAGAAAGUUCUUCAUAUGGUUGGAGAAUGGUUUCAAGAAAGAAAAAAGAACGCUUUGUUUGAAGCUCUUCAGAAAGUGAAAGGGGAGUUGAUGGUUCUAGGAUUCAUUUCUCUGAUUAUGACUUUUGGUCAAAACUACAUAGCAAGGAUUUGUGUUCCGACGCAUAGUUCUGUGAUUAUGUUGCCCUGUCCUUUGAGCUCAAAUGAUAAUAGCUAUGAAGUGGGGCAUGAGCCAGAGACCAAAGGCGGCGAACAUGAACACCAUCGAAAGCUUUUGUGGUUUGAACGUAGAUAUUUAGCUUCUGGUAGCGUAGGCCCCGGUUGCAAACCGGGGUAUGUGCCACUCAUAUCUCUCAAUGCCUUACAUCAGUUACACAUCUUCAUAUUCUUUUUAGCAGUGUUUCAUGUUAUUUACAGUGCCAUAACAAUGGCACUUGGAAGAUUAAAGAUUCGAGGUUGGAAAGAAUGGGAACAAGAGACUGAUCAUCAUCAAGAAUACAUGAAUGAUCCUAUGAGAUUCAGGCUUACUCAUGAGACAUCUUUCGUGAAGGAUCACACAAGAUCCUGGACUAAAAAUCCUUUCACCUUCUAUCUUGUGUGUUUUCUUCGACAAUUCAUUAGGUCUGUUCGUAAGGCUGAUUACUUGACCAUGAGACAUGGAUUUGUCACUGUUCAUUUAGCACCUGGAAGCAAGUUUAAUUUCCAAAAGUACAUCAAAAGAUCAUUAGAAGAUGACUUUAAGGUGGUUGUGGGAAUAACCCCAGUAUUAUGGUCUUCAUUGGUGUUCUUUCUACUUCUCAAUGUACAUGGAUGGCAGGCUAUGUUUUGGUUGUCCAUGGUGCCUUUAGUGGUGACCUUAGCAGUUGGAACAAAGCUUCAAGGAAUUAUAACAAAUAUGGCACUAGAAAUCCAAGAAAGACAUGCUGUAGUACAAGGGAUACCUCUAGUGCAAGUCUCAGAUAGACAUUUUUGGUUUAGUUGGCCUCGAUUGAUUCUCCAUCUCAUCCAUUUUGUCUUAUUUCAGAAUGCAUUUGAGAUAACAUAUUUCUUUUGGAUAUGGUAUGAGUUUGGAUUGAGAUCUUGCUUUCAUGAUGAUUUUAAUCUCAUAAUUUUAAGAGUUGCCCUUGGUGUGGUAGUUCAAUUCGUGUCUGCCUAUGUGACGCUACCAUUGUAUGCACUUGUGACUCAGAUGGGAUCAACAAUGAAGAGGUCAAUAUUCGAUGAACAAACAUCAAAGGCACUAAAGCAGUGGCACAAAAAGGCAGUGAAAAAGAAGGAUGAAAAAGUAAGAUCUCCCACAAGGGUGUUGGGAGGAAGCCCUGGAGAUUCACCUCCACAUUCUCCCAUGUACAAGCACAAAAGAGCUGAGUCUCAGCCUGAUGAUGCUGCCAAUGUCAUGGCCUCUGUCGAUAUUCACCACCAGCAUCAUCAUUCUCCUCCCAAUAUCAAUACUAAUAAUACUAACAAUAACACUAGUCAUAAUAAUAAUAAUGCCUUUGAUAGCCAUGCUGAUAUUCUUCUAUAAGAAUAUGUAUUAUCUUUAUUGUUGUUGUAUCACUUUUAUACAUUUAUUUAUUCAAUUGUAUUUUUAAAUAUAUAUAUAACUAGGGAUAGACCACAUGCUCUGUAUAUACUUCAAAUGUUUGACAUUGAAAAAUAGAAAUGGGAGUUUGAUUUAAAAA